AGCCGGGAGAGGCGGCUCCGGGGCCGCAGGCGCAGGCCCGGGGCGACAGCCGAAACGCGGGGCGCGCCGGUCCGCGGCAGCUGCGGGAUCCAACAUGCGCCGCUCGGUCUGGCUGGCGCUGGCCGCGUCUCUCUUACACGUGUCCCUGCAAGGCGAGUUCCAGAGGAAGCUCUACAAAGACCUGGUCAAGAACUACAACCCAUUGGAGAGGCCCGUGGCCAACGACUCGCAGCCACUCACUGUCUACUUCUCACUGAGCCUCCUGCAGAUCAUGGACGUGGAUGAGAAGAACCAAGUUUUAACCACCAACAUUUGGCUGCAAAUGUCUUGGACAGAUCACUAUUUACAGUGGAAUAUGUCAGAAUAUCCGGGCGUGAAGAAUGUUCGUUUCCCAGAUGGCCAGAUUUGGAAGCCAGACAUUCUUCUCUAUAACAGUGCUGAUGAACGAUUUGAUGCCACGUUCCACACCAACGUGUUAGUGAAUUCUUCUGGACAUUGCCAGUACCUCCCUCCAGGCAUAUUCAAGAGCUCCUGCCAUAUUGACGUGCGCUGGUUCCCCUUUGAUGUGCAGCACUGCAAACUGAAAUUUGGGUCCUGGUCUUAUGGAGGGUGGUCCUUGGAUCUACAGAUGCAGGAGGCAGAUAUCAGCGGCUAUAUCCCAAAUGGAGAAUGGGACCUUGUGGGAGUCCUGGGCAAGCGGAGUGAGAAGUUCUAUGAGUGCUGCAAAGAGCCAUACCCGGACGUCACCUUCACGGUGACCAUCCGCCGCAGGACCCUCUACUACGGCCUCAACCUGCUCAUCCCCUGUGUGCUCAUCUCAGCCCUGGCCCUCCUCGUCUUCUUGCUCCCUGCAGACUCUGGGGAGAAAAUCUCCCUUGGAAUAACAGUUUUACUCUCUCUUACUGUCUUCAUGCUGCUGGUGGCUGAGAUCAUGCCUGCAACGUCCGACUCAGUGCCCUUGAUAGCCCAGUACUUCGCCAGCACAAUGAUCAUCGUUGGCCUCUCGGUGGUUGUCACAGUGAUUGUGCUGCAGUACCACCACCACGACCCCGACGGUGGCAAGAUGCCCAAGUGGACCAGAGUCAUCCUUUUGAACUGGUGCGCGUGGUUCCUGCGCAUGAAGAGGCCGGGGGAGGACAAGGUGCGCCCGGCCUGCCAGCACAAGCAGCGCCGCUGCAGCCUGGCCAGCGUGGAGAUGAGCGCGGUGGCGGGGCCGCCGGCCGCCAAUGGAAACCUGCUCUACAUCGGCUUCCGGGGGCUGGACGGCAUGCACUGCGCCCCCACCCCCGACUCGGGGGUCGUGUGCGGCCGCAUGGCCUGCUCUCCCACACAUGACGAGCACCUGCUGCACGGCGGACAGCCCUCCGAGGGGGACCCAGACCUGGCCAAGAUCCUGGAGGAGAUCCGCUACAUCGCCAACCGCUUCCGCUGCCAGGACGAGAGCGAGGUCAUCUGCAGCGAGUGGAAGUUCGCGGCCUGUGUGGUGGACCGCCUGUGCCUCAUGGCUUUCUCCGUCUUCACCAUCAUCUGCACCAUCGGCAUCCUGAUGUCGGCUCCAAACUUUGUCGAGGCUGUGUCCAAAGACUUCGCUUAACUUGGUUCUGGUUCCCAGCGUGUAGGAAAUGCAAAGAUAGGCGAUGUUGUUGGCUUGGAGAGAAUUUGGGGUGCUAAUCCUACAGCAGCAUUAAACGUGAGGAUGCCUAUGUACUCUUAGCACUGUCAGUGAUAUCGGUUACAGUUUCCUUGUUACUUUCUGUAAUAGGAUCUCAGCACGUUUUUGUUUAAUCUUCUCAGAUGAGCUACUUGAUAUCCUUGGGACAUCCUUGAGGGCAGCGGAACCACUGAGAGGUCAUUUUUCCCUUUCCCCACUGCCUGGUGAGCUCUUCAGAGAGGUCCGGGUAGCGCAGGACUGCCAGGGGAGGCCUGUACAGCUGGUUUGCUUGCCUGCAUGUCACUUGCCAUGAAGGCCUACAUGAAAAUGCAACAUAUGCUUUUGCCUGUGUACAAACCUAGAUUGAAACUAAUAAUAAUAAUAAACAAAACUCACUAAAUCCAUUCAAAUAAUUGACUAGUGAAAGGAAA